AGGUCCGCCGGGGGGAGGGAGGAUUGAGCGCAACCUCUCCGUGAAUGGUUUGAUCUCCCGCCCGGGACUCCCCCCUGUUUGGAGGGGUGGUUGGUAGGCUCCGCUGGAAGCUCCAGUGUGAGCGGAGUACGGGGCUGCGAUCUGCGGCCGGAGAGGUGAGAGCGAUCCCGGGGAGAGAGGAGGGAUCCUGGCCGGGGCUGGGUUAGCCUGAAGUUCUUAAUUGCAACUUUGUUUAGUUUUCCUCCCAUGUGCUUUGGAAUUUGCUGACAAUUUAUGGGCAGGAAUAACAAUACUACAGUCUUGUCAUCGUAUAAAGAGAUUUUAUAAACUGCUGCGGUGACUGUGGAGAAACUGCAGGUUGUGACUAAUGGGAAACCCAAAUUAAAGGUUCGGGUGCUGGCGUGAUGUGUAUGGCUGUCUGUUGAAACGCACAAGCACCACAAUCCACAUUCGGGGCUUUAACAAAUGGACCAGUGCUGCAUCACACUACAGCGCACAAAUGUGAAUUCUCUGAAUGCUGUGCUGCCCAGUUUUGCAGGCUUCCGUCAGCACUGCUAGAAGCCAAAUAUUAAACAUGGAGGUGAAAGGCCCCUGCGGAAUCUCCACAACAGGUGGGGCCCCCUUUGACACCUCCUCCAAGCAGAGAGCUCACCUGAUCACGGAACUCGCGGACAAACAGCGAGAUCUACAGGAGGCGCUGAGACAGAAAGUAAAUGAGCUGCGGAGGCUUUGUCUGCAGGAAGCCGAACUGACGGGGCAAGUGCCUGUGGAGUACCCCAUAGAAUAUGGCGAGAGACCCCCAGCUGUCGCAAGAAGGCCGCGAGCAUUCAGAAUGACUGCGGCAACAGUUACCAGAGCAGAAGAAGCGCAGUUGGACCGUUUGGAGCGGGAUUUUGCUUUGCAGCUACAGAUGGCAGAAGCCGCUCGGAAGCUGAGCGUUGCUGCAGAACAGAGUACAGAACUGACUGUGGAGCAGCGCAGAAAACGCAGACUGGUUUAUCUGGACGCAUUGCGCAGACUGCAGGAGAUAGAGGAACAAAGUAAUAAUCUGCGCAGAAAACUGGGCCUGAGGCCUACACAUAGGGUGCCGCACAGUCUCCUCGAUGAAGCUUUUCAAUCGGAAUGCAGUUCAUUAUCUGACGGGGGCAGCCAUGAUGACAUUCUUGCUCCAGGAAUGAGGCCUUCUCCUCCUCGCAUUGCUGAGCACUCCCGUGCUGUCUCCAAUAGUCCUGAGCGGAGGGUUGGCUGGAAAGCAUCCCCUGUGGAAAUGUAUUGUGAAAUUCGGAACAGGCGUAACUCCAUGGCCAGCACUGCAAGUCCCACACGCUCCUUUCCCCGAAGUCUAUCCAGUCUUGAAGGUCGAAGUGUUCCGGCCACUCCAGUCCUAAGCCGAAAUGCCUGCAGCAGCUCUGCGCUGAGGUCGGAUGGGUCAGGAUUGUCGCAGAGGCAAUGGACAGGAAGUCAAGACUCUCAAGUGGGCUUCCCUAGUGAGCGUCCACAUAUGCAUUCAGCCAGAAGCCGGCGAAGCAAUAGUUCUGAAGCUCUGAUAGAGAGACCGCCUCCUGCUGAUACCCAGGGAAAACCUUCCUUCAAGAGUUCAGAAGCCUUGAGCGAUCGCCCUCAGGCUGGUCCAGCACCCACUCACCACCAACAGCGAGGGGCAAGAUCCCCGGACCCCAGAACACCCAACACCAACUCCCGUCUUCCAUAUGAAGAGAUACUGUUAGAUUAUUAUAUGGAUCGCCAGCAGCAACAGCAGCAGACAAGAGGGUGGGCAGAAUCGGAAGGUCAGUGGUGGGUGGAACCUGACUCCCCCUGGUGGGCCGACCCUGAUGGUAGUAGCCAUUACUCUAGACGAGACGGUUACUUCGAGGGAUAUAUGGGUAGCCCAGCCCUUCGGAGUCGUGCAGAGACCCAACAGCGCAGAAACGUUACUCGAAAUAAAUCAUGUGGCCCUCAGUUGACUGAUGUUGGUCAUUUUCAGCAGCCUUGGCAUUCUGAUGGCUUCCAACAACGCAGUGCUCCCCAAGUCUCCCAUCCAGGUCCUCGCUCUAGGAGUCAACCUCGGGCUCCACCCCCAGAGACAAUGGAGAGGAAUGUGCACAAAGCUCUUGCUCUAGAAGGGCUUCGGGACUGGUAUCUGCGCAAUUCAGCAGCAUCUGGGGGAGUUCAAAGGGGCCCUAUUCCCUCGCACAUGCAGUACCAGAGAUACUAUCGUCCAGGUUAUCACGAGGGACACUAUCAGACUGGAUCUCCACUUCCGCAUUCAAUCAGUUUUACUGGGGCCCCUUUGCAUAGCAGGCACUUUUCAGAGUACGCCGAUGAGGACCUGUACAGCCAGGCCACUAUGACGAGUCGGGCACAAGGAGAGCGGUCGACAGAAGGCACACCCCCAGGGACUUUAGUCUGACACUGGAUGGCAGCCCUCCCGUCUUGCCUCCUACCACCAAAUGCCGAAAAUCUUCCUCAAAGAAGAACUAGAGACCCACACUGCUUUUUUGGUUCUUCAGCAAUAAGACUAGUCAGGGGGAGUGAAGCAGUACAUAAAUGAUCCCCGAUUUAAUGAGCCUCAUUGCUUGUU